CUGAUUUUCAAACCGUUUGCAAAGCGCGGCUCCAUUGUUCGCCGGGCGCGCAGGCCCCGCCCCCUGCUUUGUGUGCGGCGCGCGGAUUGGCCGGCGCGCGCGGGGGCCGCGUCAGCGCCCGCGAGCCCAUUCAUCUGUGCACUUGGGCGUUGGACCCCGCAUCUUAUUAGCAACCAGGGAGAUUUCUCCAUUUUCCUCUUGUCUACAGUGCGGCUACAAAUCUGGGAUUUUUUUAUUACUUCUUUUAAAAAAAAAACUACACUUGGGCUCCUUUUUUUGUGCUCGACUUUUCCACCCUUUUUCCCUCCCUCCUGCGCUGCUGCUUUUUGAUCUCUUCGACUAAAAUUUUUUUAUCCGGAGUGUAUUUAAUCGGUUCUGUUCUGUCCUCUUCACCACCCCCACUCCCCCCUCCCUCCGGUGUGUGUGCCGCUGCUGCUGCCGCCGCUGCUGCUGCUUACCCCGUCGUUACACCAACCCGAAGCUCUUUGUUCCCCCCUUGGAUCUGUUGAGUUUCUUUGUUGAAGAAGCCAGCAUGGGUGCCCAAUUCUCCAAGACCGCUGCGAAGGGAGAAGCCGCCGCGGAGAGGCCUGGGGAGGCGGCUGUGGCCUCGUCGCCUUCUAAAGCGAAUGGACAGGAAAAUGGCCACGUGAAGGUAAACGGCGACGCCUCUCCCGCGGCCGCCGAGCCCGGCGCCAAGGAGGAGCUGCAGGCUAACGGCAGCGCCCCGGCCGCCGACAAGGAGGAGCCCGCGGCCGCCGGGAGCGGAGCGGCGUCGCCCGCCGCGGCCGAGAAAGAUGAGCUGGCCGCCGCCGCCCCCGAGGCCGGGGCCAGCCCGGCGGAGAAGGAGGCCCCCGCGGAAGGCGAGGCCGCCGAGCCCGGCUCGCCCACGGCCGCGGAGGGGGAGGCCGCGUCAGCCGCCUCCUCGACGUCUUCGCCCAAGGCCGAGGACGGGGCCACGCCCUCGCCCAGCAACGAGACCCCGAAAAAAAAAAAGAAGCGCUUUUCCUUCAAGAAGUCUUUCAAGCUGAGCGGCUUCUCCUUCAAGAAGAACAAGAAGGAAGCGGGAGAGGGCGGUGAAGCCGAAGGCACCGCUGGCGCCUCCGCCGAAGGCGGAAAGGACGAGGCCGCCGGGGGCGCCGCUGCGGCCGCCGGCGAGGCUGCGGGCGCGGCCUCCGGGGAGCCGGCGGCGGCGCCGAGCGAGGAGGCGGCCGCGGGCGAGCAGGGGGCGGCGGGGGGCGACCCGCAGGAGGCCAAGCCCGAGGAGGCCGCCGCCGCGCCCGAGAAGCCGACUGCUAGCGAGGAGGCCAAGGCCGCCGAGGAGCCCAGCAAGGCCGAGGAGAAGACCGAGGAGGCCGGGGCCAGCGCGGCCACCUGCGAAGCGCCCUCGGCCGCGGGGCCCGGCGCGCCCCCGGAGCAGGAGGCGGCCCCCGCGGAGGAGGCAGCGGCCGCCGUGGCGUCGUCAGCCUGCGCAGCUCCCUCACAGGAGGCCCAGCCCGAGUGCAGUCCAGAAGCCCCCCCAGUGGAGGCGGCAGAGUAAAAGGGCAAGAUUUUUUGAGAUAAUCGAAGAACUUUUCCCCCCCCCGUUUGUUUGUUGGAGUGGUGCCAGGUACUGGUUUUGGAGAACUUGUCUACAACCAGGGAUUGAUUUUAAAGAUGUCUUUUCUUAUUUUACUUUUUUUUAAGCAGCAAAUUUUGUUUUUAACCACCUACCCACAGAUCCCAUCUCAGAUCAUUCUGUUACCACCAUUCCAACAGGUCGAGGAGAGCUUAGUUACCUUCCUCUGCCUUGUUUCUCUUUUAUUUUUAUUUUUUGCAUCAGUAUUAAUGUUUUUUGCAUACUUUGCAUCUUUAUUCAAAAAUGUAAACUUUCUUUGUCAAUCUAUGGACAUGCCCAUAUAUGAAGGAGAUGGGUGGGUCAAAAAGGGAUAUCUGAUGAAGUGAUAGGAGACACGAUGGAGAAAUUUAGUGGUGCAUAACAUUGCCAAGAUAAUGUACCACUAGAAAGGAUGGUGUAAAGGCUUAGUCUUUUUUUUUUUUUU